UCCGUGAAAGCACCAUCGGGUUUUGUUCUGACGUCAACAGGAAGCGGGCAGAAGUGGGUGGAGCCCGACAAAAGAUGGCGUUCCUGCGGUGUAAACGGGACCCGUGCGGCGUAAUCUGCCUUAUUUUGACGUACUUCAGCGUGUUUUACGCGGAUUACGUGGUUAUCCAGUAUGUCCUCAUCCCCACCUACUCCGACAGUGUAUGGUGUUCUCUCCACGGCGCCGUCUUUAACCUGAUUCUGCUGCUGCUGCUGGCCUGCCAUUUCAAAGCCGUCUUCUCGGAUCCCGGCAUGGUGCCGCUUCCUGAAACUGCCAUCGACUUCUCUGACCUGCGGUCCCAGCCGUCUCGGAUCAACGAGCGGGGCUGUGAGGGCUGGACGUUGUGCAGCCGCUGUGAAACCUACAGACCUCCCAGAGCGCACCACUGCCGCGUCUGCCAGAGGUGCAUCCGCCGCAUGGACCAUCACUGCCCCUGGAUCAAUAAUUGCGUUGGGGAACUAAACCAAAAGUAUUUCAUCCAGUUCCUUUUCUACACUGGCAUGGCCAGCCUGUACUCCAUGGUGCUGGUGGUUUGGGCGUGGGUGUGGAGGAUACGUAAUGAGAGAGGAGGUGGUGCAGAGAAAGAAGGAGAGGAGACGCCCAGCAAACAUCUGAUUGUGGCUCAUUACAUCAUCCUCCUGGUGGAGUCCGUGUUGUUCGGAGUAUUUGUGAUGGUCAUCUUCUACGAUCAGCUGGUCUCCAUCAUCACAGACGAGACUCCCAUAGAGCAGAUGAAGAACCGGUUGAUGAUCAGGGACAGGAACUCUCUAUCGCCAUCCUCUCAGCAGUCCCACCAUCCCCCGCACACCCGCAAACCCAAACUGGCCUUGCUGCGGGAGGUCUUCGGUAGAGGUUCGCUUUUCUGCUGGCUGCUUCCACUCCACCACAGCCCUCCGUCUGUUGGAGGAGUCAUCUACUCCGCCCUGCCCAACUACGACGUCUGAGAUGUGAAAAGAUGUCAGUGGAUGUGUCUUUCUGAACAGUGUCUUAUCUUUAAUGGAGGAGACCGCAUGAAGCAAAUGGAGGCUGAAGAGAGUAUUUAUGAAUGAAUGAGUGAGUGAAUGAGUGACUCUGAUCCAGACUCAUGAAGUUCCUGUCUUUUCCUGAGAAAAGAGCGCCGACAGUCCUGAUCUGUACUCUUCUCACCAGCAGUUGCUUUGAACCGUCGCACUCGCUGGGAUUAGACCGAUCCGUUUUCCUACAGCUUUUAUAAUAAAACUUCAAAAUGUAAAACAGUUUUAGACUUGGAAGGAAACAACAACAUUAGGCGUUCACAUAUCUGUCAGAAGAAUUGCAUUUUGGUGGUUGAUUGUACCUCAAACAGACCCAAAUCAGUUUAUCUAGUGUAGGUUAAUGGAGAAUUGACCCACUUGAAUGAAUGGACAAGAGAAAAUGUCCAGAAAGAGCACAUUGUUCUCCUAUUGAAAAGCAAUGAUGGAUGACUGGGGUUAAGACAAAAUAUUUUCUGAAUUAGACUCUAGAAAUUAAAAUAUUUAAACUUAAAUGAGCAGAUUCCAUUCAGGAGUUACAAAAUGUUAAUUUUAGCAAAUGGAGGACAGUUAAAAUUUAUGAAACUACAAUGGACUUAACCUAAAGACACAGACUUUCGUUUUCUUUAGCAGAUGGAAGCAUGUGACAUAAUCAUGAUCAAAAAUCUGGAAAUACUUUAGUAAUAAUGCAUAUUGAACCAGAGGCUCAAUGUAAAACUGGAUCUCUUUGCUUUUUUCACUAUUAAUGGUUUGCUGUAAUUCACAAUUUUGACUAUCAAAAUAUUACAUAAUCCCAAAAGUACAGUUUUUUUUAAUAUAAGUUUUUUAACCUCUAUAAUCGACAGUAAAUACAACACUAACGAGGAAAUCACUGAUCUCAAAUUUCACCCAAAGAAAAUAUUACCGUUACAUAAACCAGCUGAUGUUAGCUUAGCGUCAGUCAAAUCCCAGCGAACUUGACAAAACGGAGGUUCCUGCAGAACUCCACUGGCUUUUGUUCAAGGUCCUCCUCUCUACAACACCACUGAUGUCAUAGACGUUUUUAAAUGUAUGCACUACAUGGACCUCUGGGUGCAAUGUCUGAUCAUCUCCAGUCCACAGAGGGGUCAUUUAAAAAAGGUCAAAGGUCAAGCUUUUUAAUUUUAUGCUGACGAAACAAAGUUUUUAGUUCAGGUUUAGAACUAAAGGGUCCUAACCUUUAGUACUAUUUAUCCUUAAGUAUUGUUUUCUUAUAAUAAAGCUUUUUCAAUCACAGGACACUAAAGAUGUUAACCUUUAGAUCAAAUUAAUCUUGAUUUAACUCAUGACACAGAAAACAUACCCAGAAAAUGGACCUAGUUCUUGUUUUUUCACACAUUUUCCUUGUGUUUUCUACACCACAAAGGGCCUCUGAAUCUACCAGCUGAACUGUGUUCUAUCACACGCAUUUCAAAGACAACAGACUUUAUCAAACGAACCGCUUCAGUGCAAAAAUAUCUUUAGCUGUGACAUUUGCUUGAAAACACAAAAAAAUGUCAAUGUUCUGCUGUGUUUAAGAAGGGAAGUGUAAAUUAUUUAUUGUUUUUCACUUUCAGAUUGAGUUUACUCUUACCAGUAUUUGUGUAUUUUUAAAUGUUAAGUAAAGCCGCCUCUUUAAGCUUCUCUGAAAUGAAGCGAGCUGCCUCUUCCUAGGUCUUCUAAACAUGUUCAUUUUAAUCAUGAAAAGAGGCACAGAUGUAUGUUUACAAUAUUUAUUUUGAAAAUAAAGACAAAGGACUUGCUGGAUAUUUAACUGACUAAAUAAAAUCAAAAAAAUGAUACAUAAACUAUUUGAAAGCAUCAGUUGUUAGCUUUCAAUUAACCGAGUUUUCCUCGGUUUGUCCUAACAAUCUCCUUGCUUUGAUUUGCAUGAAACUUCUUUUAGUUCCUAGAUAUGUCACUAGUACCAAACAGCCUUAUUGGGCUACUUCAUCAAUCCAUCUCCCAAACAUGCUUAAUCCCUCUGGGCCUAUCCCAGCCACUGGUGGGCACAGGUGGGGUACGCCCUGUAAGUGUGCAUGUCCUCAGUUUUUAAAAGUAUUAAUACGGUGGCCAUAAAAGCCUUGCUCCAAAAAUUCGAGCUAGCUACAAGCAUUUUUAGGACCUAAUUAAGACAGACAGUUUGCAAGAAUUUACCAGUUCAUCAAAGCAACUUCAUUACAAGUAAAAACAAGCAAAAAAAAUUCCAGACACUAGCUUUUCUAGCUUAAGUAAAAUACUGGUGCUAGCUUAGCAUUUAAACUUUUAUAAAAGAAUGCGGAUGCUAACUUAGCAUAUUUAGCUUUGAUAAGUAUAAUGUUUAUGCUAGCACAAUAAUUUUUUACAACGUGAACUUGGGAUUUAUCUUGCUGUCUGUCUUUCUUAGGUAUUUAAAUGUACGUCUAUUUUUAGCCACUCCAGCAUCUUUGCUAAUUGCAUAUAUUUCUACACUAAAAGCUAGCAAACAUAAAAUAUUAAGUAGCAUAAUUUUUGCUUAAUCUUCCUCUUAUUUUAUUAGUUUACAACUAUUUCAAAGCUAGCAUGCUUUGUUCUACAAUGCCUAAACUUCCCGCGUUUAUCAGUUGUAAACAAACCUUUCUGACUAGCUUCUUUAAGCUAAUCUUUUACUAGCCCCUUUUAUGACUAAUAAUAAAUCAUGUAAAUUUAGCAAACUGUCAGUUUUGGAGGGCAAAAAAAUAAUUGAAAAACUAUGUAAGACAUUUGAAAUACACAAUCAGUAUGGUAAUAACCUAAAAAAAAAAAGGCUACCCAAGCUAGCUAGCUAACUCUCAUUUACAUAUCCAGCAAAGUUCCUUCGUUUUCUGUCUUUGUGUUUAUAUUUAUAUCUUUUGUACCAAGCCUAGAAUUAUUUUUGUUGUUUGGGUAAAAAAUGUAAGUAAACGAAUUUUUGCACAUUAGGAACUGAAAAGGGGGCAUUUUAAUGUUUCGCUGGUUAAGAAAAAUGUCCCAAAAAGUGGAAAAAUGUAGAUAUUUCGGUCAAAACUUCUAGAAAGCUCAAAGAGGCCGUUUUAAACCUCCCGUGUUUAAUUUUGUGUGCAUAAAUAUUGUUCAUUUGAAUUGUUUUUCCAACCAGGGUUCAACUGCAAUUCACAAUAUGCAAGUGCUUUAAUUACAUAAUCCAUUUGACAAGAGCAAAGAUAAAUCCUGAAAGGACACAGAUAAAAGAAUUGAUGGCUUGUGUUACUAAAUGUUUUUGUUUUAGGUCAAAGUAAAAAGAUGUCAGUUGUGAUUGUUGGAGAGCAGUUACGAGCAAAUGAACAUAAUUCGUACGAGUUUCUUGCGUUCGUCGAUGUUCGCAGAUUUCCAACCAGGGUUUUUGCUGACUGUUCUUUGCGUGAAUUCAGUUCUGAGCCGUUAAAAUGUUUAGUCGGUUGGUAAUUACAGUUUAUGCGUAUUCUAUGAAAUUUAUGCACAAUUAUUACGUAAAUCUCACGCAAUUAUACGUAAUUUUUGCUAUAUAAUGCACAAAUUUGUGGCUUUCCAUGUAAGUCUAACAGACUUUUCACACAUGUACCUCUGACAUCUAACUUUUAUAUCGCGCAUACGGCGCAGAUAUCGCUAAAGCUCAAUAAUUACUUAUAUGUGUGAAUUUUAAUCACUUCUGAACAUUUAUUGAUAAAAAAACGAAAGACAAAAUUAAAACCUUUCUUGGACCAAAUAUUUAUAUAGUUAGGACUCAUGACUGCUCUCCACACUCAAACAAAGACAUUUAUGGCUCAACUGUGGUUUAAUGUUUUACAUAUGAAGAUGUUUAUUUUGCUGAUGAUGUGCAAUUUUCAUGAAAAUAAGUCACUGAAAUAUUUUGUUUUAUUUUAUCAUCUGGGUAUAAAAAAAGUCUGGGUUUGAAAUGUUUUCCUUCAAAAAUCAUGUAGUACAGAGUCCUUUGAUUCCUGAAUAAAGGUGCACUGGUGGGGUAGUGGUUAGCCCUCUGGCCUCACAGCAAGAAGGCCCUGGUUUGAAUCCCUGCUGGGUUCUCCCUGUGUACGUGUAGCUUUUUCCAGACACUUCAGAGUAAAAACCGGAUUCAUUGGUUGAUUGGUGUCUCUAAAUUGCCCGUAGGUGUAAAAGUGUGUGUAAGUGUGUGGCCCGCCUUUGCCCAAGAGUAGCUGGGAUAGGCUCCAGCAACCCUGUGACUCCAAAAGGGAUUCAGCAGGAUGGAUGGAUCCUAAUUUUUUAUAUUUAACUGUAAGAGCAACCCUGACAAGAUGAUUGAACUAAAAGUUCAAAAACCUUUUUUUCAUGGUUUCCUCUGGAAUGUGUUAACUUUGGUCUCAAGAGUCAUCUGUUGACUGAUGGAGUGCUCUUGUUAGCUCAAAAACCACUAAACUGUCAGUUCAAAUCACAAAGAGGAAACUUUUAUAGGAUGAGGUUUAAAGAAAAUCUGGUUUUCGUGGAUCUAGGCAGCAGGGAAGAAUGUUUUUGGUUGUUUUUUUUUUUUGCUUGAAUUGAUGAAAAAAAGUUGUUUUAAACAAUAUUUUGUUUUUUAACCUUCUUCAGAAAAACAAGUUUUAUUGUGAAAAAUGUUUUUAACCACCGAGACUGAAAAUGUUGAGCCGUUCUGUCGAGUGACACAGGUCACCAAGUGUCCAAAACGUGAAUUUCUUGAGCCAAACAAGUUUACAACCAAGUCAGGUUUGUUUGUUCAUGUUUGAAUCUUGAAAAGUGUUGUUUCCUCUUGAUAUGCUGCUCUCUGUCAUUGAACGUGAAGUAAAUACUGAUGUCUUCUAAA